UUAAUUUGUCUGUAAGGGGAAAAUAUUAACUAACCUUGUGAGAAAAUGACAACAGAGAAAAAGAAAUGAUUUAAUCCACUGAUAUUCAAUUGAAGAGAGAAAUCACCGAUACAACUAAUGGUUAAUUGAAUGAAUUUAAAACAUAAUUGUAAAAGAAAAUAGAAAAAAUGAAAUCAUCGUGAGUAAUUUAAAUUAAUUAAAAAGUAAAAGAAGCAAAAAAAAAAUAAAAACAAACCUGAGGUUCGGUUGUCAUGGUAACAGGAAAGGGAAACAAUUUUUUUUUCUUAUUCUUAUUUGUUGUUGUUGUUACUAACUAACAUUAAAUUAUAUCAGCGGAUUAUCACAAAUCACAAUUUGACAGAUUAAUUUAACGCUCAUUUAUUAAUUGUUUCUAUUUGAUUAACUAUGUCUGUUUACAACAAUUACCUUCAUUUGGUUAUCUUGGUAACGUCUAUUGUUUAUUGUCAAUCACUUGAUUGUUAUAUAUGUUCAAGUGACAAUGAUACAGAUUGUAGUGAAAUAUUUGAUAAAGAACACGCUAAGUUACAACCAGUAUCAUGUGAUAUCUAUGGAGCAGAAUAUUGUAUCAAAACAACUGGAAUUUACGAAGGUUCCAUUGGUGUAAAAAGGUUUUGCUCUUCACGUAAAUUUGAGGAUUAUUGUGAUUAUAUUAAAAGAAAAGGAGAUAAUAAACCUCAACGAAGUUGUGUCUAUUCCUGUAGUUCUGAUGGUUGUAAUCGAGGUGAUAACUUGUCUAAACUCAAUUCACAUUUAACUUUUAUCUCAUUAAUCCUAUUCUGUUAUAACCUGUUGCUGAUAAAAUGACAUUUUCUUCAGGUUAAUGUUGAUCAUCUUGCUGUUGAUUGGUUAUCAUUUUCAAAUUUCUUCGUUAAAAUCUAAUCUUAAACCUAAAGAGAGAGAGAGAAAAAUAAUCUGACAAUUAAUUCCAGUGCCAUUAUUUAUGUAACGUGUUUUUACAAUUCGUUUACAAGCAAAAUCUUUGUUGUUUAUUAUCUCUCUCUCUCUCUCUUUCAUCUUUGACCAUGACAAUAAUUCUUAAUUGUUUGACAUUCCCUGAUAUGUAAUGACCAUUGGCUGGACCAAACAAAAGCACACACAUUGAUAUUUUCUAACAAGUAUUAACGUAUUUAUAUUAACAUAAUCAUAAAAUUUUCUAAACCAGUAAAACAAACAAAAGGAUAUAUACACAAUAAAAGAGGCUUCAUCUUGGUGAUAAAUCAA